AUGACACGAAGCGGCGUCGAUUGCUGCACAGGCAUCGCCCUCACCAUCCUCUGCGGGCCAUGCAUAUGCUUAUAUUUCGGCCUCACGGCAUGCUUCUGUCCCUCCCGACUGCGUCGAAGACCAUGCGUGCACGAUCCGAAGGCGAACUUUGAGAAGCGCCAACGCAGCGCUCCGAGACCUGCGUUGAGGCGGAAGCGAGCCCUCACACUACCAUUGCCAGAGAAUUCAAGCGGUGUGCUAUCAGAGAAGCCGACGCAGCGGACAUACGACCAGCAGCAGUCACGCCUGUUCAAGCUGCCUCUUGAGCUUAGGGAACAGAUCUACCGAGAAGUGCUUAGCGGCCCACCAAUACACAUUAUCCGAAAGCAGAAGAAGCUGGGUCAUCUGAGGUGUAAGGCUAUCAGGCCGGAGGACUGUCCCGUCAAGUACGAAUUCGGAGGGAAGGCCGACAGCCGGCAAACCUGCUGGGGCCUCACCGACAACGUAGGAGUGUGGUGCGGACGAUCAACCUGGCACGAACCCACAGACGGCGGGAUCCUGCCGUUGCUCAGAUCGUGCCGGCGCAUAUACUCCGAAUCAGUCAACAUCCUCUACACGCAUAACACCUUCUCCCUCAACGAUCUCGACUCCCUCCGCUACCUCUCCAGCACCCUUGUUCCGCUCCGCCUCGCGCUAAUCAAAACCUUACACCUCCACUGGUCUUUCACAGAACCUCUCUACGACAUAGUCCACGAGCUCUUCCGUGACGCAGGGCUCUACACCUCGCUCUACCCACCCCACGACGAGGCCACCUGGGAAGAGUGCUGGCGAAUCAUAUCCACGCAGAUGACAGGGCUACGAGACAUCCAUAUUGCGAUUACAGACGGCCCGGGACGCUGGGAUGAGACGCAGGAGCGGAAGAUGCUGGAGCCGUUGAGGAAGGUCAAUAUGUCAGGCGGCGGCUCUUUUGAGAUUGCAUUGCCGUGGCAAGGGACGUAUAGGCAUGCGAGGGACGCACCUUUUACGAUUGUUAGGCCGGUUCCUGAUGAGGAUUCGGAUUCGAGUGAUGACGACUGA